GGGGUUUGACAGAGUUAACAGAAGACAUUUCUACCCGUUUAUGCACUGUAAAUUGUAAUGUAUUUCUGCGUAAAUUAAUGAUUAGGAUUCCCUCAGACAUACUGCAGGGGGUGCAUUGCUACUUUGUACAUGAGCAUUGUGCAGUGUCUGGAACUUGCAGCUGUUUCUAAAGUCUGUUUCCUGUUUGGUUUUCCCUGUAUUUCACACAAUCUGUAAAAUCUGUGGAACCAUCAAUCUGUUUUUAUUGCUGUAUUUUCGAGCCAGGAGAUAAGUCUGAAUGCUUUAUUUCAGUUGGGAAUGCUUUUACUGAAGCAACAACAUGAAUAGAGAAUGGAAUAAUAAGAAUGAAGGACGGGCCUAGAUAAAUCUGGUGCAGCCUGAGCAGUCUGUUUCUCCACGCAAGUAGCUUGAAGAAUAAUCAACAGAGUUUUAACACACAAGUGUGCAGUAGCCUAGAGAUUUCGAAUCAGAAAAGACUAGAAGAAUGUCUCAACAGGACAUUACGGAUGAGUUGGUGUUCUUUGUAAAUGGGCGUAAGGUCAGGGAACAGAAUGCAGACCCCGAAGUGAUGUUGUUGCCCUAUCUCAGGAAGACACUCAGGCUAACAGGAACGAAAUAUGGCUGUGGUGGAGGAGGCUGUGGAGCGUGCACUGUGAUGAUUUCUAAAUAUAACGCCCAAGAAAAGAAGAUUCUCCAUUUCUCUGUUAAUGCCUGCCUGACUCCUGUCUGUAUGCUUCAUGGUGCUGCAGUGACCACUGUGGAGGGGAUUGGCAGCACCAGAACCAGCAUCCACCCAGUGCAGGAGCGCAUUGCCAAGGCACAUGGCUCUCAGUGUGGGUUCUGCACUCCAGGAAUGGUCAUGUCCAUGUACACCUUGCUGAGGAACAACCCAACACCUAGCACUGCACAGUUACAGCAGUGUCUCGCAGGUACUAAAUCAUACUUAUCACCAUACUUAUGAUUUGUGUCUUCCGAUUCACAUCAUAGUUUGAGAAAUAGCACCUGGAACAACUGCAUUAAUUUGAGACACUCUUGAUAUCUAGUUUA